CUUGACCAUCACACAUCCAGCUCCAUCCAUCACUUGUAUUGUCAAGAUGGUGCUCUCCUCAGCUGCCGCGCUUUGCGCAGUUGUAACGGGCGCGACUGCGUUACAAGUUCCGCUGCUAUGGUCUCAUGAGGCGCCUAUCGAGAACGGACAUGAGACGAAACCCCUGGUCAACUCCACAGAGCUCCAGAACCUCAUCAGUGGGGAUCGUCUCAUGACAAGGGCGAAAAAGUUGUAUGAGAUUGCAAAGCUGGGUGAAGAAGAGUACAACCACCCCACUAGAGUCAUCGGCAGUGAUGGCCAUCUCGGGACGCUAUCCUACAUAUAUGAGACCAUUCUUGAGCUCGGAGACUACUAUACCAUCUCGAAUCAAUCAUUUCCCGCCGUGUCUGGUACUGUCUUCGAGUCGCGUCUCGUCAUCGGUGAUGGGGUUCCCAAAUCUGCGUCAGCUCUGGCUCUGACGCCGCCAACUAAGGAUAAAGAGCCCGUACAUGGCGACCUCGUCCUUGUUGAGAACGAGGGCUGUCAAGCAUCGGACUAUCCUGACUCCGUUGCCGGCAACAUCGCGUUCAUCAAACGCGGUGUGUGUCCGUUUGGUACUAAAUCCGAACAUGCUGGACUUAAAGGAGCCGUCGCAGCUGUCGUGUACAACUACGAAAAGGAUGCUGUCCAUGGCACGCUGGGAUCCCCAUCCCCAGAUCACAUUGCCACUUUCGGGCUUUCUGGCGAGGAGGCCGAGCCUAUCGUUGAGAAGCUGAAGCAGCAGAAACGCGUCGACGCGAUCGCGUACAUCGACUCUGUCGUCUCUCAGAUUGAGACCGUCAACGUCAUCGCUCAAACAACAGAGGGCGACCCUGAAAACUGCGUUAUGCUUGGAGCGCACUCCGAUAGCGUGACCGAGGGUCCAGGCAUAAACGACGACGGCUCCGGAUCCAUUUCCCUGCUCGAGGUGGCUACCCAGCUUACCAAGUUCAACGUCAGCAACUGUGUCCGCUUUGCAUGGUGGGCAGGCGAAGAAGAAGGAUUGUUGGGUUCCGACUACUAUGUCGCAUCGCUGCCCGAAGAAGAGAAUCAGAAGAUCCGACUCUUCAUGGACUACGACAUGAUGGCCAGCCCUAACUUCGCGUAUCAGAUCUACAACGCUACCAAUGCUCUCAAUCCCAACGGAUCUGAGGAACUGCGUGAUUUAUAUAUCGACUGGUACGAACAGCAGGAACUGGACUAUACCUUUAUUCCUUUCGAUGGCCGCAGUGAUUACGACGGCUUCAUCCGCAACGGUAUCCCUGGUGGCGGUAUCGCGACUGGCGCUGAGGGCAUCAAGACAAAGGAGGAAGAGAAGAUGUUUGGAGGCAAGGCUGGAGAUUGGUAUGAUCCUUGCUACCACCAGCUCUGCGAUGACGUGGGCAAUCUGAACAUGACAUCAUGGGUUGUCAACACAAAGCUUAUCGCCCAUUCGGUUGCCACCUACGCUCGCUCCUUCAAGGGCUUUCCCGAACGUACGAAAUCGGUCGCCUCAUCCCAAUAUGUGGACAACGUUAAGUACCAUGGUCACAAGCUUUUUGUGUAAUCACGUUGCGUUCCUUGAAAUGCGCAUGUUAUCAGUAGUUUUAAAGUCAUCGAUUGUUCAUUGCCAUCUUUGUUGCUUGCAACUUUUCAUACUCAAACAUGCACGUGCCAACACCAUUGUAUCCUGGUUGUUGAUAUCGUCUCGUUUCAAAUUUUCGUCGUUCAUUCAAUCCCCAUAUGUGAUUUCGAUAUCGUUCCUCGCUAAUCCCAGACGCUCACCUUCUCUACCCUUUCCAACACUCAUGUCCGCUUCUCUCCAGGUCCAUAAUGGCCAGGACCGAUGUCGAGCAGGGUGGUGCGGUCAUCAGGAAGAAAUCUAGGUGCACUUAUUGCCGGUGACUACACUGAAUGAUUUUGAGUACACUCGACUUAUAGUAUCAUGUGCGCUUGCGAAGGGUAUGGUAGUAUUUUAUGGAGUCACAGUAGAUUGAUAUAUGUGCUGCAUAUGUCUGCAGAGUGUAAAAUUGGACAAAGUAGGG